UACGCCCUCUCCAUCUCCCUAUUUUCCUUUCUCAGGACCCUGAUGCCUUUAUUUGACCCUGACUCAGGCCUCCUCACAGUAUCUGGGAUGGGAGAUAGUGUCAUUGACUGCUUCGAGGUGUCUGCCACUGAACCAUUCCUUUCCCAAGUGAGCCACUGUCUGACGGAGGCCCCAACGCGAGGCGUUGCCAUGGUACCCAAGCUGGCAUUGGACGUCCUGUCCUGUGAGGUCAUGCGGGUCCUGCAGCUGACGGACAGCUUCAUCGUGCCAAUCAACUACCACGUGCCGCGCAAGUCAGGACAGGAGUUCCAUGCAGACCUGUACCCAGACACCUUGGGCCGGACCGCAGCCAUGUCAGCUGCAGAGUGGUGGAAAGGUGGCGAGAAACAGAAGCCUAACAACGCUAAGCCAGCCAAUCAGACGCCUGCUAAGAAGAGCUGCCCAGUGGGAGGAGCAAAGAGGAGGCUCCAGUGCGAGGCUCUCACCCAGCAAUCCCCUGAGCUCCACCAGCCAGAGUGCUGCCCGUCCCGCUCCCCUCCUCCACCUCUGGCCUCUCCUCAGAUUCCUCCCCAGCCCCAGCCAGACGUGCGAAAGCAUCAGCAGCAUGUUGGUCCCAGCAGUAAGUUUCGUCACCUGCAGGGUGCAGUGCUCCACAGAGACCACUUCACCAACCUGAAGGGGCUCACUACCACGCCCGGGGAGUGUGAUGGCUUCUGUGCCAACCGCCAUCGCGUGGCCGUGCCCCUCGCCACCGCCGGGGGUCAGAUCGCCAUCUUGAGUUGUCUCAGGCUGGAAGCUAGCGGACACGGGCCUGCCACCAUCCAGAACUCUGCAACGUGUCUGACUUCUCUGGGACCCUUCAACAGUCACAGGCUGGUUGGCGGCGACGAUGCUAAGAUCGCUGUGUGGCAGGUGCCCGAGGGGGGUCUGACAGAGACCCUGACUGAGCCAGAGACCAUCCUGCAGGGCCACACUGAGAAGAUCUACUCAGUCAAGUUCCACCCCCUGGCGUCGGGCCUGCUGGCAUCCUCCUCCUACGACCAGACGGUGCGCCUGUGGAACCUGGAGUCUGGGGACGAGGUCAAAGCGCUCCGGGGACACCAGGAUCAGAUAUUUGGGAUGGCGUGGAGUCCGGAUGGUAAACWCCUGGCCACGGUGUGUAAGGAUGGGAAAUUGCGCAUCUACGACCCUCGCAAGUCUGCUGACCCAGUACAGGAGGGUGCAGGUCCUGAGGGCCACAGAGGGGCUCGUGUGGUGUGGGUGUGUGACGGCAAAUACCUGAUGGUGUCAGGAUUCGACAGUCGCAGUGAGAGAACCCUGUACCUGCACUCCGCUGAGUCCCUGUCCUCCGGMGCCAUCGCCAGCGCCCCCACCGACGUCUCCCCCUCCACCCUCAUUCCCUUCUACGACCCCGACACCAGCGUCGUCAUCCUCACCGGAAAGGGUGACACGCGAGUGUACAUCUUUGAGAUAGUGCCAGAAGCUCCCUAUUUCAUGGAAUGUGCCAGCUUCAACUCCUCAGAGCCCCACAAGGGCUUGGCCUUCCUGCCGAAGACUGAGUGUGUGGUGCAAGAGGUAGAGGUGGCCAGGGGUCUGAGGCUCAGUAAGACUUCCAUAGAGCCAGUGGCCUUUAGAGUCCCCCGCGUCAGAAAAGAGUUCUUUCAGGAUGAUGUGUACCCAGACACAGCAGUGUGGUGGGAGUCCUCUCUGACUGCCUCAGCCUGGCUGGCUGGUUCUGAUGGGAAGCACCACUCCAUCAGCCUCAAGCCCAAAGACAUGACCCCAGCUGUUGAGUGCCAUGAUAGGCAAGCUGGGAACAUGGACGACAAUCCUCUACCACAGGCUCUCCAGGGAGUAGAAGACGAUGAGUGGUCAGGGUCCCAGCAGUAG